AGCUCUGCCUUUCCGGUGCCUGACUUCCGGUCACUGAGCUAAUGGGAAGCAGCAGCAGCAACACAGACGGAAGAGACAGCUGCAGGACCACUACUCAGACCAUCAGAGAGAGUUGCUGAGGAUGGACAGUGAAAGGAGUCACAUGACUGAGCAGAUACUAAACCUCACCCUGGAGAUCAUCUACCUGCUGACCGGAGAGGAUUAUGUACCUGAGAAAAAGUCACCGAUACAUGUCACAAGAAGAUGUGGUUCCCGAGUCUCGGGAUUAUUGAGCAGGACCCAGAGCCCCAUCACGGAGCCUCCACCUCACUCACUGAUACAUGAGAGAGACAAUGAGCAGAAGAUCCUGGAACUCACCAACAAGAUCAUUCAGCUGCUGACUGGAGAGGUUCCUAUAAGGUGUGAAGAUGUCGCUGUCUAUCUCUCCAUGGAGGAGUGGGAGUAUGUAGAGGGACACAGGCAUCUGUACAAGGACGUGAUGAUGGAGGAUAAACAUCGGACUAAAGAAAAUGAUGUAAGUAUGGAAGACGAAAAAGUUGAAGAUGGCAAAGUUUCACCUCAGACGACGUGUGUAAAUAAAGAUGAAAAUGUUCUACAAAAUAAUAGUGGCAUAAAUGGUUCCAAAAGGAAACGCCCACGGAAACGUCGAGCCAAGUGGGUUUGGAAAACGAAAAAGAAACCUGCCGUAGCGAAAAUUAUUUCCAUACCCACAGAUCCAACAGGGUCACAGUGUACAUCGCCCGUCAGGAAAGACGCAUCCACAUGUGAAGAAGGGAGCCUUCCGAGUGUUAUCACUUCUACAGCCAUAGAUAACAACCAUCCCAACUUAUGUGACAUAAACAAUACUUCAAACACUGACAAUUAUAAUUCGACCGAUCAUACACAGGUGUGUACAGCUGGCUGGACUAAGCAGGCCGCCUCCCCUACCAUGGCAGGAAAUCUCAUGGGCGCUGCCGUCUUCCAACCCAGAGAUCUCACAGACAAAGAAUACACAACUACGUCUAGUCAUACUGAGCAGUUCCCUUCCGUCAUAGCAGGAUAUCCUAUAGAUAUUUAUAUACCCACCGAUCAUACAAGUGCACCGUAUGCAUCAGCCUCAUGCAAGGACACAGAUGUCGCAGCAGCUGCUGUUUAUGCACACACAGAGUAUACACCAUAUACCUCCACUUAUAUUAAGGAGGAAUCCGGCUCAUUUUAUGAAACGAAUCUCACAGAUGCGGAUAUGUAUACAGCGGCAGGACUAGCUUCUACUACUAUUAAGGAGGAAUGUGUCUCGGUUGGGGAGGAGACUGGUGUGGACCCCACCGUGUUUACAACUACAGAUCCCAUGCAAACACAACUUGCAUCCAAUCAUAUUAAGGAGGAAGCGAUCUCAUACGGAGACGGUAUGUAUACCCCCACAGAAUAUGUACACAGGCCGGCUCAGAGGAAAAUAGACAGCAGAGGUAUAAACUGUACUCCAAACAGACACAAGAAGAUAUCACUUCCAAAAUACAGGGAUUCCAAUAAAACCUAUCCUGAACACGCAGCUUCCGCCAAUCACCAAGCCACGCCGGUCACGGGCUGCAUGUAUGUCUGCUCGACGUGUGAGAAGAGCUUCACUUCCAGCUUUGGUCUAAUCAAGCAUCAGACAGUGCACAACGGGAGUAAGGUGGCCUGUCCUCAGUGCGGAAAGCUCUUCUUCUACAGGUCCAGCCUGGUCAUACACCAGAGGAUCCAUACCGGAGAGAAGCUGUUUGCGUGUCCCGUAUGUGGGAAAUGUUUUACCAACAACUCCAAUCUGGUGGUUCACCAGAGAAUUCAUACGGGAGAGAAACCGUUUUCUUGCGCUCAGUGUGGGAAGCGGUUUGGGCACAAGGGCCACCUGAACAGGCACCUGAGGACUCAUAUGACGGAGAUGCCCAUUGCCAAUGCAGAACACUCUGUGAACGCCAGUAUGCCGAGCAGUUGGACCCCUCAUAAAAUUAAUCGCUGGUCCCACAAAAUGCACGGUGUCAACCAGUACUACUCUUAUGACGAAACUUUUUAAUGAAUACGUUAAAAAAAGAACAAGUAGACAGCCGUUUUUAAUUAUUCUUUUAUUUAUUUGUAUAUGUGUUUUUAUUUUGCCUAUUAAAUUGGCACUAAAUACGUACGGGAAAAGAGAACAUAAAUAUGUCUUACAUUUAUCUCACAUUUUGUUUUCGCAGGGAACCUUUUAUACCAUAGUAAACAAAGAGGGAAAGGCGGAGACUUGAGCACUGGUAGAGAAACUAGAGAUAAGUCCUGUUAGUAGGUUGAUCCACUGUGGAAAUUGUUUUAUACGAAUUCAGUGGAGGUGCACCCAUGAGAAAAGAAUAAAGUAUGAGAAGAUUCUAAA